AUGAGCAUCAAAAAGGGUAAUCAAGGUCCACCUGGUUUGGUUGGUGCAAUGGGAUCACCUGGUAAACCUGGUGAGCAGGGUCCUCGAGGUGACUCAGGAGAACCUGGCCUUAUCGGUCCUCCAGGUGGUAAAGGUGCAGCUGGUUCUAUUGGUCCACCUGGCCCACCAGGUCCACGAGGUGCCAUUGGUGAUAUUGGUUAUCCUGGUCUUCCAGGUCCUGCUGGUCUACGUGGUGCUAAAGGUAACAGGGGGUCUGUUGGCUUACCAGGACCUAAAGGUCAACAAGGUGCUCCUGGUGGAGACGGUAUUGAUGGUCAGAAGGGCAUGAUGGGUGACAGGGGACCACCAGGCCCCAAGGGCUCACAUGGUAAAGUUGGUCAGGCUGGGUCCCGUGGCAAAGAAGGUUUCCUUGGAUUGCCUGGUACAGAAGGUCCCCAGGGACCAAUUGGAGCACAAGGGUUACAAGGAGAUCGUGGACCUACGGGAUUACCUGGAAAACAGGGUCCUCCUGGUAAAGAGCCUACUGACCAGCACAUAAGAACUGUGUGUAUGAGAGUAAUGCAAGAACACUUGGCUCAUUUGGCCUCCAGCCUUAGGCGACCUGAAUCUGGAAUCAUGGGUAUGCCGGGACGUCCUGGACCACCUGGCCCCCCAGGUCCACCUGGAGACAGUGGCUUCCCUGGACAACCAGGAGCCCGUGGACUCACUGGCCUCAAAGGACCACCUGGCAUAAUUGGUUACAAAGGACAAAAAGGUGAACAAGGUGAUAGAGGUGAUAGGGGACUGCCAGGAAGAGGACCCAUGGGUUUGCCCGGGCCACAAGGUCUACCAGGGGAGCCUGGCAAGAAUAGCUUUGGUAGGGGUGGCCGUGAUGGUAUGAGAGGGCCACCUGGAAAGGCUGGACAGCCUGGUAUUCCUGGUCCACCUGGGCGUGCAGGACCUCCUGGCUACUGUGAGUCUUCUGCCUGCACACAAGCUUUGCGAGCACCACCACCAGAAAAUGUAAAAGGACCAUGAACUAUUAAAACUUAACUGUUAAAAUGUGGAGAAGGUUACAGAGAAAAAGAGGAGAACUGAAAACUACGUAAGUUUUAAUCUGGGAAAUGGACUUCAACGUUUCAUUUUAUAACACUGUUUUAUUUUGAAAAAUAAAUUGUACUUGAUAAUGUAAUUUGAACUGAUGGUGCUCCAUAAGUAACUAAACCACAAUUCUCCAUUGGAUGUACAUUAAAAUUAAAAGAUGACCAAAAGAAAUUGUACUUUUGAUAAUUUCCUGAUACUUCCCUUCCCUGGUGUGUUACGGAGUCCCCAUUACUUUCCUAUAAAUAACUUAAAAGAGAAGAUUGUGUUAAUUAUUACCUCAGAAAUAAUAUUUUCCAUUUCACCUUGUAAAAUUAAAAAAAUACUAAACUUGGAAAGCCAAUUGAUGAAGUUUUGCCAAUGUGUUUGUACUAUAUUGUAUACUAAACCUAUUAACAGGAAAUAAUAAAGAUUUCAUUUUGUACAGAAAUUGUCAGAGACCAUUCAUGUUAAAACAUGCCACAUGGAAUCGCUGUGUGCUGUAAAUCUCUGUACAUGUCUGAUUCUGGGAUUAUUCAAGGAGAAUCACUUUUUUUCUUCUUGGGUAACAUUAUUUAAUAGAUUGAGUGAUGGAUAUUUCAUCCCAGCCACUUUGCUCUAGUGUGCACAAAAUUCUUUGAUUCCAACUUGUACCUCUGUGCUUUUAGAAUCCUUGGUUAAAUUGGCAUUUUCAUGUUGUCAAAAAUUAUUUCAUUUAUGGAGACUAGAAAAUUAAUGCAUUUGGAAAAAAGUAUGUUAUUUAUUUUAUCACUCUAUAGUGAUAUUGUUUAUUAUUGUAGAAGAAUGUAAUAAAUGCAAAUUUUUUCAGAAAGUGCAUGUUUUUCUAUGAAUGGUCAAUUCAAUUAGCUAGCAGCCUAAUCAGUCAGUACAUCCAGACCAUUGUUGAGUUUUAUUUUCAGACUUUUUUUCUAGAUCAGAGAUUUGUAGUGUACAUGUCUUUCUGUUCUUUGCAAAAAAAGGAAAUUAUGAAUUAAA